UAUGGCACAGAAAUAAACUAUAUUCCUGCUUCGAAAAUUGUUUCAUCGUGGCUCUUUAACGUUGCUGGUUCCGGAAAGAAGAGUAAAACCACAUAUUUCAAUUUACCAUUGAAUAUAGCGCAUGUUGAAAUUAUUUUUCAACAUGAAGUUUUACCCAGCAAUGAAUGGAUUCCACUUUGCGGCUUUGAUUCGAAAGCUUCUUACGAACCAAGCUGGAGAACUGAUGUUUGUAUCACAGAAAAUCUCAUGGAAAACAUAACGAGAUGUAUAUGUCCAUUCUCAGGAACUUUUGUUGUUCUUCUAAUGAAAAAAAGCUAUAAUAUUUCUCCAAUCAAGGUUCCAAGUAUUCCAAUGGUGGUUAUCGUAUGCUGUGGUUGUUGCUUCCUUCAAUCAACUAUCGCUUUUGUCAUACUUUUACCCAAUAUAUACAUUCGUCGAUGUUACAUCAGCAUAAAUUUCGCUCUGUUGCAGUUUUGCCUUUCGGUUACAGCAACAAUGUCACUAACCAUUCUCAGUUUAUUGAAGUUUUUGCCUCAAGAAUGGUUGGGAUUAUUAAGCUCAAGUUUUGCUGCAGUGUUACUACUGAGUUCAUCAACACUCGUUGCUAUUGUUUUGAUAAUUCAAUCAGAAUUGGAAAUUGAGUCAUCGGCUAUUUUCACUAUGGCAUCAAAGAUUCCAACCACAAUUCAAAAAUCUCCCAUGAAGAAAGGAUCAAUUAAAACUAACACCACAACGACAACAAACCCAUCAUCAGAAAGCUCUCAGACGGUGACUGAAACAUCCGAACACAACCAUUCACCUUCAGAUUCAAUCAGGAAACAAGAGAAAGCCGUAAUGAAAUUUUCAGAGCUAUCAUCAACAAAUCGUGGAGUCAAGAGUGCCAUUUGUCUCAGUUGGUUGCUUCCAAUACUAUGUGCAAUGUGCAUUCCGAUGGUCUAUCAAAUCAUUGGACACCGAUUAAACGACUGGUGGCUUGCAUAUUCAUCUCCAGAUUUUAUAAUUUUUACAAUCAUCGAAUCACUUCUUCUCUUCCUUUUCAUACUACUCUUCGUCACGCUUAUGAAACAUCUCAUUUAUUUGUCGAGAAAAUAUGAAAAAGUUAAAUUGACAUUAAAGAAACGAAUCGGACUUCUCAACCGAAUUGCAUUGUUGUAUGCUAUCAAUUUCCUUUCCCACAUGUUUUAUCUCAUAUAUCUCAAUAGGGGUGGAAACAUUUUCAGUUAUUUGUUCAGCAUAACAUCAAUUUUGUUGGGUUUAAUGAUAAUACUCUGUUUUAUUAUAAAAGUUGAGAACUAUGCUGUAGGAGAGACAACAAGUAGCAGUAACAAAUCGAGUGUGAAAAAUAGCCUCGAUGAUUUCUGUACUACGACAACGAUAAACAAUUCAUUAAACUUUUAUUCGAGCCAGGACAUGGAAAAAGAUAACAAAAGUUUGACGAUGAAAGUUUUUUCAAACACAAUAUCUAGCUUUCCAAUCGACACAAAAACUUCCAAAGCCACCACAAGCUUACUUUCCUGUUCGCAAAAACAAUCAACCAUUCGACAUACUUCUCAUCCUCGAUUAGCUGAUGUACAAAUCUGCACUAAUGAAAUAAUUGAUUUAACAAAAUCCGGGACUGGGAAAGAAAUCCCAGUGAAUCUAAAUGCGCAGGCACGUUCUUAUGAGCUUAAAAACAUUAAUAUGAUGAGCAUUUAUGAUACUGCCCAUAGUUCUGCUACUAUGCCUGCUGGCUUUUCAACCGAAAAAAUGAACUCGACAAAAUGCUUAGACAUUCUUCAAGGAAUAUCAAAAGACAGCAUCGUUGGGAUUCGUGAUAACAAUCUGGAGGUGAAAAAGCAGGAAAUUUUUCAAACACCAACAGUCAUCAUAACAUUAACAAACAGUGAUGGUAAACAUUAUUGCGAUAAUUUAAUCAAUAAUAACACUGAAGAUGCUGAUGGUGUGUUGAAUUUAAUUUCUAAUGAUUUGGACUACCUUCUUAAUCGAACUCAAGAAGUGCCUACAAUCUCAGCCUCGACAGAUAACCAUCACAUUCAGAACCAACUGCCAACUAACACACCACCACCGCCAGUUGCGUUUGCAAAUCAAAUAAAAUCUCCAGUAUUGCUAUUAAAGCACGAUGUGAUAAUGGAAGAGUCUGAGCAUGAAAUAGAUAGUUAAUGAAAACCUUUUCACAUUUCUGCCAACAAAAAGAAAUUUUAAUUUAAUGUGAAGAAAAAGAAAUUUAUCCAAAUAAGGAGUAGAGAAGAAAAGAAAACGAGGAAAUACUUAGUUAGCAAAAGUUUUAAGGGGAAACGCUUUCGGUUUUAAAGCUUUAAUUAAAAAUAAAAUAUUCCAUGUUUUUCUUUUAUUUUAACUUAAUACCAGAAUUAGUUUAAAUAUUUAGUUGAACGUUUCAUGGAAUAAAUAAAUUCUACCUCAUGUUUCAAAAAAAUAUAUCUAUAUGUACACAUAAGCAUAAAAGCAUAAUAUUAAACUUCAGAGCAAUAACCUACAUUUUUUAUUUUCGCUUAAUUGUUUACCGUCAUUUCUGUUUGUUCUGUGCAUUUUUUCAUAUAAAAAAGGAGUUUUAUCACAUGUUUUGGAAUUGCAUUUUAUCACAUAUUUUCUGUUAAAAUGCUAGUCUCGCUUAACCCAGUUUUACAACAUGUGCUCAAUUUUCAUAUCCUAUUUGAGUUUUAUUUUAAGAGGGAAUUGUUAAAGGUAAUCCAAAGGCGGAAGCAAUUGAAAUAGAGAUUUCUACAAAUGUUAAAUAUUUGCUGCAUACAGGAAAACUUUUAAUUUAUUUUGUAUCAAAAAUUUCUUCAUAGUUACAUAUUGAAAAAUGGAAAUACUUAAUAUAUUUACAUAAUACUUAAAGUUCAUAUCCAUCCACAGCAUGUAAUGGAUUUAUUGUGAAAUCACUGAGUGACAUACCUAAAAUUAAUAAUUAAAUUAAAUAAAUUCGAUCAUUGAUAAAGGUGCUUAAAUUCAUUUAAGGAUUUUCACAAAUGAACUCAUUAUCUAAAUAUAUGUAAAUCAGUCCUUUCAAAGAAGAGACGGCUGUUUUACAAUGAAUGUUAGAUCAAAAUGUAAACAACUGAAAGAAAUUAGCAAGUAUUUAUUUAUCAUUCUUAAGCGUCAGAUUUUACCUCCAGGUCAUUGAAUUGAUUUACUUAAGAUAGGAAAAUAUAGCAGGAAAAUCAAAUGGAUGGAAAAAAUAUUUAUUGUAAAUAAACAAGAGAAAACAGCAGCCCGAAGCAAACCCCGGAGAAAGGAAAAAAAAUUAAUAAAAAUAAAUAAAAUAAAAUUCCGUGCUGUUGUUUAAUAAGCCGAAAAAAUAUAGCUAGG